UGUCUCAUUUGACAUUGCAUGAUGACUUCCGCGUCAUGAAUAAGUUGUAAUGGUAUUAUUCGAAAAAUAGAAACUAAUUGAGUUCAAAUGGCUAAAAUUGGAAUAAAUGGUUUCGGAAGAUUGGGUAGACAGUUGUUGAAAAUAGCAAUAGAAAAAUGCAAAAAGAAAUGUGCCACAGAUGUUUCACGUGUUCUCAUGGUGAAUGAUCCAAAUGUAAAACCGGACUGUUUUGGAUAUUUAUUGAAAAAUGAUUCUCUGUAUGGAAAAUCCCACAUGGAGAUAGUGGAGAUGGGUUCAUGUCUAAUGAUUGAUAGUCAGAGAGUAGAAAUCACAAGUGAAAGCAAGAUAGAAAAAAUUCCUUGGCAAAAUUGUAAGGUUGACUAUGUCAUCGACACAACCGGACAAAAUCAAAAUUGCAAUAAGGCAUCCGCAUUCUUAACAGAGGGUAUCAAGAAAGUUAUAGUCACGGGUUGUUCGAAUGUACCGAUCUUCAUUGUUGGAAUCAACCAUGCUUGCUUUGAUGUGAACAUGAAAACAGUUUCUGCAGCAUCCCCUUCUCUGAAUGCUGUGAUGCCUGUCUUGAGAGUUUUGCACGAAAAUUUCCAAAUACAGCAAGCCAUGGUAACAGAAAUACAACCUCUAACAAACAGUGAUAAAAUACUGGAUGAUGCUUAUGGAACGACUAGCUGUAGAAGUAGCAGAUCAUCGCUGACGAGCUUCAGCCCUACACAAAGUUCAUCAGGCCAGGAAUUCGUUAACAGGGUGAUGCCAGAAUUGGAGGGCAAGACUGCAUCAGCGGCCAUCAAAAUUCCAAUACCCUGUAUAGGAGCCAUCGAUGUCACAGCAAAAUUUGGAAAAGAAGCUCCAUAUGAAGUAAUCAAGGACAAAUUCAAAGAAGCGUCCCAGGGUUAUUUGAAAAAUAUUUUGAAAUAUUCUGAAGAAAAUCUUGUCAGCACCGAUAUAAUUGGUGACCCCCAUUCCUGUGUUUUCGAUGCAAAAGCAGGGGUGGCACUAUCAAAAUGUAUGGUGAAAGUGUUUGCUUGGUACGAUAGUCAGAGUACUUACUGUUCACCAUUAGGAAAGAUGCUUUUUCGAGUUGAAGGAGUAAAGAGUAUUUUCCUUGGACCAGAUUUUAUAACAGUUACGAAAACUGAUGAUGAUGUUGAAUGGAAACUGUUAAAACCUGAAGUGUUUGCUAUAAUCAUGGAUUUCUUUGCAAGUGGUCUGCCUGUCUUGAAUGAUGCAACACCAAACAAAGAUACAGAAGUUUAUGAGGAUGAUGAUGAAACAGUACAGAUGAUAAAAGAACUCUUGGACACAAGAAUAAGACCAACUGUUCAAGAAGAUGGGGGAGACAUUAUCUUUGUUGGAUUUGAAGAUGGCAUUGUGAAAUUGAAAAUGCAAGGAGCAUGUUCUAGCUGUCCAAGCUCAAUUGUUACCCUCAAAAAUGGUGUGCAGAAUAUGAUGCAGUUUUAUAUUCCAGAGGUUUUGGGUGUAGAACAAGUCAUUGAUGAAGGUGAAAAAUUAUCAGAGAGUCACUUUGAAAAAGUAGAAAAACAAAUUCUUACUAGAGAAUCUGAAGAAAGCAAAAAGUGAUGUACAACAUUAUAUAUGUUGACUAUUACAGUGAACUGUGAGAUAUAGCUAAAAUUAUCAAGACUGAUUAAACUUGAGAAGUGUACAGAAAUGAAAAUAGUAGGUAUCAUUGUUGAAAUAUAAUUAAUGAAACAUUAUAUAGCAACUAUAAAAAUACUUGUUUUAACAGAAA